CUAAUAAUGGCGCCGUCCUGUGGCGUAUUUUGAGGACAAGGGCAAGCUUCCCUGUCAUCAGUGUUGUUUUCACAUGUGAGACUCAAACAUGGCGAGGUUUUUAAGGCCUAACAUCAGGAGUUUUGUCACUGCACAGCUGAGAAUGUCAUCCGACCAGCUGGGUGAGCUGGGUAAAGGUGCAGGAAAAGGUGGUGGCGGGGGAGGGUCCAUCAGAGAGGCAGGUGGAGCCAUGGGGAAGAAGCAGGCCGCUGAGGAGGAGAUGUACUUCAAGCGUAAGGAGCAGGAGCAACUGGCUGCAUUGAAGCAGCAUCACCAGGAGGAAAUUGACCACCACAAAAAAGAGAUUGAACGUCUGCAGCGCGAUAUCGACCGCCACAAGGGAAAGAUCCGGAAGCUGAAGCAUGACGACUGAGUGAAACCUUCCAGAAAGAAGUUGCAGUUUUCUCACUGACCCAGCCAGAUACCUUUAUUCAGAUUGCUGCAUGCACAGUGUUACUGGGCCAGUCAUGAAUGUGUGGGUGAUUGUUCUGUAAAUGCAUGAGUUAUUAAAAACGUUCAUAAAAUGAUGAUUGUUUCCAUAGCAUGCUAUGAUACAAGUUGUACAACUUUUUCAACCCGUAGCCAUCGUUUUGGUCAGUGUGCUGUAUGUUUCAGGCAAAAGGCCAAAGUGGAAACACUUAAAUAUAUUUAAUGCUUCACAUGGCAACAUCAACUUAUCUUCUGGUGUGAUGUUAAAAUAAAUUUGUAAUGUAAAUGGCA